UUGGAGCUGCCCAGCAGCCAGGGUCAGAAUCCAGGAGGACGGACAGCCCAGUCCCAGCUCCAGCUCCAGCCCCAGCUCCAGCCUGUCUCAGUCUCAGCCCCAGCCCGCCUGCGCCUCCCAGGUCAUUUAUUUGGGUCUUUACCAGUCAUGGAUCCAUUCUCUUUUGAUUACUCAGAACCAGGCAAUUUCACAGACCUCAACUGGACAUGCACCAAUGGAGACUGCAUCACUGUGGACACCAUUAUGUGCCCUAGUGCAACAGGCCGAAAUGUCCUGUCAUAUACCCUCUCCAUCUUUUAUAUUUUCAUCUUUGUAGUUGGCAUGAUUGCCAACUCCGUGGUGGUCUGGGUGAAUCUCCAGGCCAAGACAACAGGUUAUGAAACUCACCUGUACAUCUUAAAUUUGGCCAUUGCCGACUUGUGUGUGGUUGUCACCAUUCCCAUCUGGGUGGUCUCCCUGGUCCAACACAACCAAUGGCCCAUGGGAGAACUCACCUGUAAGGUUGCUCAUCUCAUCUUUUCCAUCAACCUCUUUGGUAGUAUCUUUUUCCUGACCUGCAUGAGUGUAGACCGAUAUCUCUCUGUGACCUAUUUUGUUAACACCAGCAGCUACAAGAAAAAGGUUGUCCGCCGGCUCAUCUGUAUUCUCGUGUGGCUACUAGCCAUAUGUGUGUCACUGCCAGAUGCUUACUAUCUGAAAACUGUCACCUUGGCUGCCAACAAUGAAACCUACUGCCGGUCCAUCUAUCCAGAGCACAGCAUCAAGGAGUGGCUGCUGGGCAUGGAGCUGCUCUCCGUGGUCCUGGGUUUUAUCAUCCCUUUCUCCAUCAUUGCUGUCUUCUAUUUCCUGCUGGCCAGAGCAAUCUCAGCCUCGGGAGACCAGGAGAAGCAUAGCAACCAGAAGAUCAUCUUCUCCUAUGUCAUCGUCUUCCUCAUCUGCUGGCUGCCCUAUCAUGCUGUGUUGCUCCUGGACAUCUUCUCCUUCCUCCACUUUAUUCCUUUCAGCUGUCAGCUGGAAAACUUCCUCUACACAGCUCUCCAUGUCACCCAGUGUUUGUCCCUGGUGCAUUGCUGUGUCAACCCAGUACUUUAUAGCUUCAUUAACAGAAACUACCGGUAUGAGCUGAUGAAAGCUUUCAUCUUCAAGUACUCUGCCAAAACGGGUCUCACCAAACUUAUAGAUGCCUCCCGAGUAUCAGAAGCAGAGUACUCUGCCUUGGAGCAGAAUGCCAAAUGACCAGGGACUUCCAUCCCCAGAGACAUCCUUUAGAACUUCUGUGCUUGAUUUUCACAGGGCACAAAAGAAAGCUAACCCAACUUCCAGUUGGAUAGAACCAUUCCUAUGGCGUCAUCUGUUUGUUUCUUCUCAGUGCCUAUGGACAUGGGCAGCCCCAACCAUGGAAAAGGAAAGCUUUGUAUUCUACAAAGCCUCUGUGCACUGUUGGAGAUGUCAUGCAUUGAUUGAAGAUGCUGUGUGAGAAAGCUUCAGAGUUCACUGUAUAUUUUGUAUGCUACAUUGUAUUUAAGACCGAAGACUUUUUUAUUUUCUGGUUAUCAGUGUACCUUAAUACAUUGCAUUUGAAAGUUAAAUAUAUUUUUAUCUCCUAUUUGAAACAUAAAGCCGACCUGUGUAUCCAGAGUGCUGUAGUUUAAAUGUUAGCAUGGCAUCGUUUUUGACUGUUCUGUGACUAAGGAUGACUUUCAUUGUUAGCUGGAUGGAAAAUAUAUGUAUAUAAAUAUCUAUCUAUCUAUCUAUAUAUAUGUUGGUCUUGAUUGAAAUGUUUUAUUUACAAUAGCUUUAUAUAUGUAUGGUGGUACACACCAGCAUGGGGCAUGGAAUAUGAGCUGUUUGCUUUAAAAUAUAGCCUGUGGCAUGAACAGUAUUGUAAAGUUAGGGUUAAUACAAGACCUUGGAUCCAGUUGGUUACUAGAUCCACAGAAGGAACAGAGAGGGCUUAUUGCAGAAAGUUCUAUUUGUAACUUAUUUUUUAAAAUAAAAGUCUUUGUUCCAAAGGCA